GGAAAAUUGGUCCUCUUUAGGUCUAGCGUUGGCAAUCAUCCGUGUGUACGGAGGACGGAGUAAGGUAAGCUCGCUAAGGUAUCAAGAUAGGCCAUACUAUGCCAUGUUCAUUCAGCCUUGCGAAAAUCUUGGAACCUCCAUUUCUCUUAAUUCUCUCCAACUCACGAACCUCUCUGAGUUGCAACAGCAAGAUUUAUGCCCUCAAUACUGUAUACUCACUUUUCUCAAUGGCUUGAAGCUAUAUUUCAAUGGUUCAGAAGAACCCUAGAACGAACUUUGCCGUUCUUACCCUUUUUUUGGUCUUCCACAGAUAUCAAGCGAGUCGUGCGGGUCCACGAUGAAACCAGGGGACAGUGCGCGAAACACUCUCUCCGUCCCAGAUAUCAUCAAGUUUUUCUAUGCUAUGUCGGUCCACCGGUCAAUUUCUGUAGCAUACCGUCGCGGAGUUCCUGGUCUUAUUGCAAUGAUCUGCCGUAUUCUCCCUACUUCUUAACAGGGGCAUCGAGUCUCAUGUCAAACGCAGUAAUGCUUGAGAUACUGCGCCCUAGCCUCAAUAUAGUUUGGACCGCAGUAGAGGAGCACGUUAUUGCGAGUGUAGUGCUGCUCUUAAAUGCGUUUUUACCUUGUGGGUGACGCAUGUACCAAUCAUUCAAUGUGGCUUUGUAUUAUGUCUAUUAUGUACAAUUCUCGGUUGGUCCCCAGAUUCAAAUUCAAUACAUGACCAUUCCAAGAGUAGCUAUAGAACGUCCACUUCUCUCAAUUGUCUGUCCACUGCCAAACCAGCAUGUCGCGAAUCUCUUCUCCACUCUGUUAGCUAGUCUCGAAUCUUUCGGAGGUCCAAGAUUCUCGACUUGGUUACCUCUUGGUUGCUUUCACUUGUCCACCGUUUGUUCCCUCACUCACGUUCUACACACGGCUGGAUCGUGACGUUCUUUCUUUGAUCAAUACUUUCAAUCAGAUCUGGUAUCUAAUUCCCACACUCACUCUUUUUCUACAACGACGACGACGACGACGACGAAGACGACAGCGACAACGAAUAAUACUCAUCAGUUCAUGUCCGUAUCCAAUUAGCUUCUGUCGGUCGGCGAUACGGGGCAGCGGCGACUCGGCGGAGGGAUGAAUACGACAAUGGCACCAAUGAGAGAUCAACCAGAAGAUUACAUGAACCGACUGGUUCAAAGGAAUGUUAUGUUAGACGAUCUUCAAUUAGUAAAAAGGGAUGGAAAAGACAAUGAUAAUGAGAAUAAAAAGAAAAACGGCGAACGGGGUGGUGACUACGAUGAUCAUCCAGAUAGACAGGUCGAUUACCCACCGACGCCUACAGCUGUGGUCACAAGGACUGCGUGGACCCAAAUAACAAAUACUGCUUGGACUACACAAACUGCCACUGCCUGGACCACGCAAACUGCGAUCACUACUUCAUCAAGUGUAAUGACUGUCGUUGUUGUUGCUACGCCAAGCUCCACAUCGACGUCGGAAUCUUCAAAAUCAACUUCGAUAUCAAUUACGUCUGCCAUAUCUUCAUCGCCAACAGGGGCUGUCACAUUUUCCAUACCAAGCUCAGAGCAGCCAGGAAGGAAGGGAUUAUGCACCCUUUCUAAUGGAGCUCCGUGCGAAAGUGCCACGGCUACCACAUCUACUGUCACUGCCUAUGAGGCCAUCAGUGCAAGCUCUGCGCCGACUGCUCAAGCAGAUGAAGAUGGAUCAUCUUCCGACGUACCACCUCAAUUUCGUAAUGGCCACGGACCUGAUGGCGAUCUUAGCCCUUUGGCGGAGAAACUUCUAAUAAGUGCUGGAUCAAUAGGCAUAUUCGUCAUCAUUGGUGCUAUUAUAUAUCUCGUUAUCAGAAUGAAGAAAUUAAAUCGAUUAGCAAGAGGAGAGAUAUCAGAAGAAGAAGCUCGUUGGUAUGGAUGGAGAAGAAACAGAGGGGACCCAGGUCGUCCUCCCAGUUAUGCUAGCGGCAAAGUUUCACAAAAUGGAUAUCCUAUUGAUGAAAAAUUCGCUGAAAGGGAGAUGGGUGGUUUCUAUAACUCCGACAACAAAUCGUCACUCGAACGCCCGGGAUCGGCAACUGUAAACUUACGAGGACUGCGUACAGAUCUCCAGAGGAAAAAUUCGACCAGGAGCAGUCAUUCAGGAUCGGGUAUGUCUGCCAGUCCAGUUUCCGGCCCAGGUCAAUCAUACGGACCUCCAAGCAAUAUGGACUUCUAUUAUUCUCAAACGGGAACUAUGAGGUCUCAACAGUCAGGACAAUCUUCAAAUGCCUAUGAUCCUUCUCAGAGGGAGGCCAAUCACAUAAGCUACUUGUCUUCAAUAUCGUCAGGAUUUGGUGACUCACUUGUCAUGCCUGAUGAUAGUGCACCUCCUCAAAUUCCAGUCUCUAGAUUUUCUUGGACAACGGCAUCUCAGGGUGCGCCACAGAAUCGAGACACUAUAUACACAACAACUUCAGAGGAAACAGCGCCACGGUUUCGCACUGUCAAUUCAUGGGUAGCUCAACAAACAGGACGGGUAGAGAGGAAACAGCAAAGUGACAUGGAAAUACCAGCGAUGCCAGAAAUUCCUAUUUCGUAUACCCACCGGUCACAGGUUCCCGAUCCUUUAUUUGCCGAGGGCCAUCAACGCAAUAUGAGCGAGAACCCAGCUUUUAGACAUCACCCCGGUGACGAAAUCGAAUUGGGAAGAGGUUCACGUGUUCCGAGUUCAAUUCUGGAUAGAAAGAUGGGAAUAUAAUUAAAACAACAACAGAAUAACUCAAACAGAGAGUAAGUGUACUAUACGAAAGAUGAAGCUCUACCAAUUUUGUAUGUAUAUAUGUCUAAUUGCCUAUACGGUCGUUCUAGCCUGGUGCUUGAUUCGAUGAGAUUUGCAUAGCGUGGAGCGGGGAGCAUUUUUGUACGUUUUUGGGCAUUUGGUGGCUGGUUGCUUGGAUGUAUGAUUUAUUGAUAUUUUCUGCUUCAUGAAGAAAGGGGAGAUGAGAGAUUGACAGAUAUAACAUAUUGUAAUAUCAUGACGAGAACGAAGCGAGAAAUAAAACGAGCAGGACAGGGGAGUGAAAUGAAAUAAAAAUCGAUGAGAAAGCAAAUCUGGGCUGGACAAGAAAGGCUCCGCUCAGUGCACUGUCGAAAUUUCAUGAGGCUUGGGCGCAUUGCUUUUAGGCAACCAGCGCAUGAAUGUGUGAUAGGAGGUGAGGCAACGAGAUGAGAUGAGAAGAGAAUGUGAUAAGGUGGACUUCAAAGAAGAAGGGUGGUCAAGAGACGAUGCAGGGGCGGCGCAGAAACGAUGAGGGGAUGCGAAGGUGUGGCGGUGAAGAUAUAAGAGAUUGUUUUCUGUCUGUAGCUUUGUAAUAUAUAAGUGCAGUGAUAUAGUUUUUAAAUAUAUGAGAAAAGUUUUAAAUCA